CUCAAGUAUUUGUAAGUGGAAUGUGACCUUUAGCAUUUUAACAAAGCAAUUAUUUUGCAUUGGCUCAAAAACAAGCACUUUGUGUGAUUUAGAUGAACUGUCAAAAUUGUUGACAUGGCAGACUGGACUAACAGAAGAAAUGGAACCGGUCGCACCGAGGAGAUGUUGGACACAGAGAACCAGUCACGUGUGGAAGGGCUGGCUGGAAAGAUCUCCAGGUUAAAAGGGCUUGCCCUGGAUAUUGAGAGUGAAACCAAGGAUCAGAACAGAUACAUGGAUGAUCACAUGAGCGGUGAAUUCGACAGCAGUCAAGGUCUUCUCACAGGAAGCAUGAAUAGGAUCAACCACAUGGUUACUGCUGGGAAGGGAAAUCGCAAACUCAUGUGCUAUAUCAUUCUAGGACUUGUGGUGUUGUUCUUCCUUUCAUAUUAUCUCAUAUCAAAAGUGACUGGCGGAUGAAAAAUGAUUUUACCAUCAGUAUUCUGGAUAACCUGGGCUUAAUGCAUGUGCGGACAGCUUGUCCCAGACUCCACACAGGCUUAUCAGUGACACCACUCUCCGCUUGUAUGGCAUUUUUGUUUCAGGGGAGUUUCUUCUUAAUGGAAAUUAAGCGUUGGAGGAAAGUGUCGCACUUUAUUAGCCUGUGUGGACUACACAGGCUCAUCUGGGACGACACAUUUAGCACAUGUAUUGAACCCUGUGGACUACACAGGCUCAUCUGGGAUGGCACAUUUAGCAAAUGUAUUGAACCCUGUUUUUCCAGAAUAAGACUCAUACCAUCUUGAUUUGUCAUAGUAGUCUUUUAGUGUGUACACUUGAGGGCAACAGUUUUUGCUGGUUUCUCAUGAUUUAAGUCUGUGCUUCACAUAUUUUUAUUCUUUACAUGUUCUACAAUUUAAAGAAUAAAGAAACUUAGCUUGGAUUACAUUAAAAUAAGAAUUUCAUGGAAUUUGCUGAAGGUUUCAGGAUAUUUAAUUUUCAUUUUUGUUUUUCAUAUCUCAGUAUUUCUCUUGCUGUAAUUUUGCUAUUUUCGAAGGGAAUGUAAACUUUGAUACCAGGUUUUGAAUAUCACUGGUGCUGAUGUUUUAAGAUCUUUUGAUCAGCUUUCAUGCGUCACUGUAGUGUAAAUAUGUCAAAACAGUAUACAGUAAUAGAGUCGGGUUGAAACGGAUGUAUUGGGGAAUCGUUCGAGUCGGGAUUUUACUAUCUGUGAGGAAAAGUUUUAAAACAAACAAUAUAAAAAAUAUAUUUUUAAAUGACUGGGGGAUUUUUUUGAAGAGUCGUAGCGCACCAAAUGACGUCUUUUGACGCUGUUUUUCUUUGAGGUAUAACGCACCACAGAACGUGAAUUGACACGUUAAAUUUUAAAAAAAAUUCAACGUCGGCAGGGGACACCCCUCCCGAACCCACCCCCGGGGCGCCUGAACAAAUUCCUGGGGAAGGCACUGCAAAACAUGUCUCAUAAUUUUGUUGAUAUGGUGUAAUUAAAUUUCAAGUCUGAAUAUAAAGGAUCAUAGAAUUCUGUUUAUGAACUCUCAGUAGCUUGCACUUAAUUGAGCCUCAGAUGGGGAAAACUGGACUAAAUACAUGUUCAGAAAGUGUCACACCAGACUAUCCAGUGCAGUCCAUAAGGCUAAUCAUGGAUGACACUUUCCUCACUGAAAUUCCAAAAAGGCAAAUAGUGUCUUUAAUAAGGCUGUUUUGUAACUUCACAGGCUAAUCUUGGACGGCACUAUGCACAUGCAUUAAGCCCAGUUUUCCCCAGAACAAGGCUCAAAUUAAAACAAUACUUCAGAAACGUUCUGAAGCAAGUUAUACACUGGAAUAAGAUAAGGAUCAACAUCAUAAUACAUCUGGAUUUAAUCCUAUGUUUAUGUGAUUUCUUUUUUGUCUGUUUUCAUUUCUGUACAUGUAUUGUUUAAAUAUCAAAUUUUUUAACCUAAACCAUUUAUGACAAUAUGAUGGUAGUUAUUUGUGGUAUGGUAUCUUAAACUUGACUGAGUCCCUGGAAAACCUGCUUCAUAGUCAAAUUUAACUCCAAAGUGUUACCUUGACCUCUUGGGUAGAGAGGCAGGUUUAACACAAGAUAUUCCUUUUCCUCAUAGUAUCCCUACUUCUCAUAGUAUCAGCCCUCCUCAUUGAAAACCCCUUCAAAAGUGCUGGACAGUAAAAGUUUGCUCAUUUUUAGAAGUUUUUAUUUAUUUGCUGUGUAUUAAUAUCUAUUAUGACGAUCUUUAUUAUGAGUUGACAUAAUUGUGUUAGUUUGUUUUUGGUUUAUUAGUAGGUUUAUCAAAUGUUUUCUAAGCCAUUUAUUUGUGAAAAAAUGAUUAAAGAGAAACAUGAACAAGGGUUUCCUUUUGCAAAUACGAAACUAUUUAUAGAACAAGGGCUGUUUGUAAUACAUGCAUGACCCCCAUAUGGGCUGUCAGUUGUAGUGGCAGCCAUUGUGUGAAUACUUUUUUUGUCACUAAGACCUUGACCUUUGACCCAGUGACCUGAAAAUCAAUAGGGAUCAUCUGCCAGUCAUGAUCAAUGUACCUAUGAAGUUUCAUGAUCCUAGGCCUUAUUAUUCUAGAGUUAUCAUCAGGAAACCAUUUUACUGUUUCGAGUAACUGUGACCUUUGACCUAGUGACCUGAAAAUUAUUAGUGGUCAUCUGCCAGUCAUGAUCAAUGUACCUAUGAAGUUUCACGAUCCUAGGCGUAAGCAUUCUUGAGUAAUCAUCCGGAAACCAUUUUGCUAUUUCGAGUCACUGUGACCUUGACCUUUGACCUAGUGACCUGAAAAUCAAUAGGGGUCAUCUGCCAGUCAUUAUCAAUGUACCUAUGAAGUUUCAUGAUCCUAGGCGUAAGCAUUCUUUAGUUAUCAUCCGGAAACCAUUUUACUGUUUCGAGUCACUGUGACCUUAACCUUUGACCUAGUGACCUGAAAAUCAAUAGGGGUCAUCUGCAAGUCAUGAUCAAUGUUCCUAUGAAGCUUCAUGAUCCUAGGCGUAAGCAUUCUUGAGUUAUCAUCCGGAAACCAUUUUACUGUUUCGAGUCACUGUGACCUUGACCUAGUGACCUGAAAAUUAAUAGGGGUCAUCUGCCAGUCAUGAUCAAUGUUCUUAUGAAGUUUCAUGAUCCUAGGCGUAAGCAUUCUUGAGUUAUCAUCCCGAAACCAUUUUACUGUUUUGAGUCACCUUGACCUUUGACCUAGUGACCUGAAAAUCAAUAGGGGUCAUCUGCCAGCCAUGAUCAAUCUACCUAUGAAGUUUCAUGAUCCUAGGCCUUAGCAUUCUUGAGUCAUCAUCCGGAAACCAUUUUAUUAUUUCGAGUCACUGUGACCUUGACCUUUGACCUAGUGACCUAAAAAUCAAUAGGGGUCAUCUGCCAGUCAUGAUCAAUGUACCUAUGAAGUUUCAUGAUCCUAGGUCUAUGCGUUCUUGAGUUAUCAUCCGGAAACCAUCUGGUGGACGGACCGACCGACAUGUGCAAAACAAUAUACCCGUCCUUCUUCGAAGGGGGGGGGGGGCAUAAAAAGAAAAUGUGCAUAGUAACAAACCUUAGCAACCAAUGAGAAGGGCUGAUACUAUAAGAAACAAUGUACAUGUUACUGAUUACUACAUGGGUCUAAGUCUUGCCAGUAUUUUGGCAAAACAUUACAGAUUUUAAUGCAGUUUUUGUUGUUAAGUCCAAGUAUACACAUUAAACUAUAGAAUGACGUA